CACCGAACUUCCAUUCUCCAUCAAUCCGAAUCUUCGUUCCUGUCACCGGGUCCAAGUUCGCACGUCAUCUGUUAUCACGCACUUCACCGAAACGCAGCCUCAACCACCACAAACCUCCGUCUCCAUCCACCAGACCAAUACCGCCAAAAUGUCUGCUGCCGUCGAGAAGGUUUCCGAAGCCGUCAAUGACGUUACCAAUGCUCUGAGCAAUGCCACUAUCUCCGACAAGGCCGCCGACAAGCCUGCCGCCAACAACGAUGCCGUCCUCGCCAGCGCUGCUGAGGGACGUCGUCUGUACAUCGGCAACCUGGCCUACGCGACAACGGAGGGGGAGUUGAAGGAGUUCUUCAAGGGUUACCUUGUCGAGUCCGUCUCCAUUCCCAAGAACCCUCGCACCGACCGACCCGUUGGCUACGCCUUCGUCGACCUCUCUACCCCAUCUGAGGCUGAGCGCGCCAUCUCUGAGCUUUCCGGCAAGGAGAUUCUCGAGCGUAAGGUCUCUGUUCAGCUUGCCCGCAAGCCUGAGCCCGCUGGAGAGAAGACUGAGGGCGCCAACGGUGAGGGUGCUGGUGAGGGAAACCGCCGCCGCGCCUCCGGUCGUGGCCGUGGACGUGGCCGCGGCCGUGGCGGUCGUGGUGCCCGCGGUGGCCGCAACGAGGAUGGCACUCCCAUCGAGGGCGCUGCCGCCGAGGUCCCUGCUGGUGCUCCCGCUACCUCUGAGGUUCUGCCUCUGACUGACGCUACCAACAAGGAUGCCGCCAAGACCCAAAAGGCCGGCGAGUCCGCUGAGGCUCGUGCCCCCCGUGAGCGUCGCGAGCGUGGCCCUCCCGCCGAUGGCAUUGCCUCCAAGACCAAGGUCAUGGUCGCCAACCUUCCCUACGACCUGACCGAGGAGAAGCUCAAGGAGCUCUUCGCCGCCUACGAGCCUUCUUCCGCCAAGAUCGCUCUCCGCCCCAUCCCCCGCUUCAUGAUCAAGAAGCUUCAGGCUCGCGGUGAGCCCCGCAAGGGUCGUGGCUUCGGCUUCGUCACCCUCGCCUCUGAGGAGCUCCAGCAGAAGGCUGUCUCCGAGAUGAACGGCAAGGAGAUUGAGGGCCGCGAGAUCGCCGUCAAGGUCGCUAUCGAUAGCCCCGACAAGACCGAUGAGGAGGCCAACGCCCCCAAGGAGGAGACCAAGUCCAACGGCACCCCGGAGGCUGCCACCGAGGCCGCGGCUGCUCCUGCUGCUGCUGCUGAGACCCCGGCCGCUGCCGCUCCCGCCACCACCGCCUAAAUGUAGGCGACCAACCUACAGCCCCGGCAAUGUGUCUCGGCCCAACCUCCCGAGACACUGCCUUUACGAGCUUUACGAUGCGGUACCUGUUACGACGAUUUCAAUUUUUUGGAAGUGCCCACCAAAAAGGUGGCCAAUGACAUCUACGUCUGCCUUUUGACCAGAUUCGCUCUCGGUAGAUAGGCCAAACAAGAUGUGCAGGGCUGCCACCAUCCCUAAACUAAUACACAUGAUCUUACCGGCCACCUCUUCUGUACCUGUUACCUAACCUCCCAUUUCCUCCGUAACCCUCUGCUGGGUUGUAAAUUAGCUUAAGCUGGAG